GGCGCUUCGGCCUCGCCGUCCCUAGGCGCACGACUCGGUGCCCAGCUGGGCCAGUGCCCGCCCGGCAGUCCCCGCCGUGCCCCUCGCAUCCGCACGCGUCAGGCUUGGAAGCGGAGCGGGAGGCGGUAGCUGCCUCGGGCAGGCCGAGUGGGGGAGGGGUGUUAAACUUCGCUCCCCCUCUUAGUCUCUGAGCCGGUUAUUUUUAGCUCAGCCUUUGCAGGGGAUUUGCAGAAGCUGCAGCAGCCAAAUCCACCUUCUCAGCCACGCGAGGUCUCUGUGCUGCGUGAGGGGGCCAUGCGCUGCUCUGUGCCCGGCCGCUGCUUCUGCUUGCGGUGUCCUGUAGUUAUGGCUCCCAGAAAGAUGCCCCCCAAAAAGGGAGGUGAUGAUGGGGUUAAGCCACAUCCAAUCAUUGGAAGAUUUGGGACGUCUCUGAAAAUCGGCAUUGUUGGGCUGCCAAAUGUUGGGAAAUCCACAUUCUUUAAUGUGUUAACAAAAAGUCAGGCAGCAGCAGAAAACUUCCCUUUCUGCACUAUUGAUCCAAAUGAGAGUCGGGUACCUGUGCCAGAUGAUAGGUUUGACUUCCUAUGCCAGUACCAUAAGCCUCCAAGCAAGAUUCCAGCCUUUCUGAACGUUGUGGAUAUUGCUGGUCUUGUGAAAGGAGCCCAUGCUGGCCAGGGCCUAGGAAAUGCCUUUUUGUCUCAUAUUAGCGCCUGUGAUGGAAUCUUUCAUCUGAUGCGAUCAUUUGAAAAUGAUGAUAUCACUCAUGUUGAAGGAAGUGUAGAUCCCGUUCGUGACAUUGAAAUAAUACAUGAAGAACUUAGACUUAAAGAUGAGGAAAUGAUCAUUCCAAUUAUAGACAAAUUAGAAAAAGUAGCUGUGAGAGGAGGGGACAAGAAAUUAAAACCGGAAUAUGACAUAAUGUGUAAAAUCAAAACCUGGGUAGUAGAUGAAAAGAAACCUGUGCGCUUCUAUCAUGAUUGGAAUGACAAAGAGAUUGAUGUGUUGAACAAAUACUUGUUUUUGACUUCAAAACCAAUGAUUUACUUGAUUAACCUCUCAGAAAAGGAUUACCUUCGAUGUAAAAACAAAUGGUUGAUAAAAAUUAUAAAGUGGGUGGACAAGCAUGACCCAGGUGCCUUGGUCAUUCCUUUUAGUGGGGCCUUGGAACUCAAGUUGCAAGAAAUGAGUGCUGAGGAGAAACAGAAGUAUCUGGAAGAGAACAUGACACAAAGUGCUUUACCAAAGAUCAUUAAGGCUGGGUAUGCAGCACUCCAACUAGAAUACUUUUUCACUGCAGGCCCAGAUGAAGUGCGUGCAUGGACCAUCAGGAAAGGGACGAAGGCUCCUCAGGCAGCAGGAAAGAUUCACACAGAUUUUGAAAAGGGAUUCAUUAUGGCUGAAGUAAUGAAAUAUGAAGACUUUAAAGAAGAAGGUUCGGAAACAGCUGUCAAGAGUGCUGGGAAAUACAGACGACAAGGCAGAAAUUACAUAGUUGAGGAUGGAGAUAUUAUCUUCUUUAAGUUUAAUACACCUCAGCAAUCCAAAAAGAAAUGAAUAUUAGAUGUUGCUCAUUGUUCACAAUAAACUGUGCUACUUCAAAAAGCAUAUGAAUUUUUAUUUAGACAGAAUAUCUAAAACCAGAAAGCAUACAGUGUAUACCUAGGGGGAAAAUCCUCCCCCCCCCACCCCAUGAAAUUACUCGUUUGUUCUUAAUUAAAAUAUGGCACCCCCAGUGAACAUACAAGUUCACUAAAUGUGAACAGCUUUGCAUUUCAAAUGAUUAAGACCCUACUCCAAAUUGUAGAAGCUUUUCAGUAACCAUAUUACUCUCAUGAUACUUCAUUAAUCUCCAUCAUGUAUGCCAAGCCUGACAUGUUUGACAGUGAGGACAAUGUGGCUUGCUCCUUUUUGAAUCUACAGAUAAUGCAUGUUUUACAGUACUCCAGAUGUCUACACUCAAUAAAACAUUUGACAAAACCA